GUUUCUCUACCACGACCGCACACUCGCACUGCAUCCACUUUUUUGUGGCCGCUUGAACGUGCGUUGGUCGACUUUUUCGUGAGGGUCGUCAGCUGCAGCGCAUCCUCAAUUAUUGUGGCCUGAACGUCGCACCCAGCACCAUCACAGCUUUGGGGCGCCACCCAUUGCAAAUUUGAACAGGUCAACAACCAAGUCGCAAAGACUGCAUCGAGCUACUUCAAUUUAUUGAGGGCGCAUUACACCUGUCAAAGUAAAGGAUUCGUCUUCCCAAGCUUACAUCACCUCCAAAGCCGCCUAGCAUCGCCGCUGGCUUUUCCUUAACCCCACAUCAAGUUUGCCUACUAGACUACAGCUUAGCUCGCUACUGCACCGCGUCUAAAUGGCAUCCAAUUUCUCUAACGAUUACACUCCCGCUGGCAAAGAUACAGACAUCAUGAAACUUCCAGAGCAAGUUGAUGGUCUUAUCGAUGUGGAAAUCCUCAUCGACAUCCACAAGUGCCUCAGCGAAAGCAAGUACGACGACGACCGCGCCUUGGGCGUGUGGGUACAAACCAACUAUCUACAGGAACCUUUGGAUCUUUUGGAAGAGAGGGCCCGCCUAAUCCGCAAUGCUGAAGGAUUUGUCAAACUCGACAAGGCGUACCGAAGGGCGCGACAGCUGACAGGGAAGGCUCAAGACAAGUGGCCUUUCCUUAACACAGAUGGUAAAAAGCUGUCGUCUACACUUAUCAAGAACGUGAUUCUCGGCGACACUGCCAUGGGGAUUGCCCGAACAGAAUCCAGCGGUGGAGCCCGCGACACCCCGAUGAGCAACGGUCUUGACGGACAUCAUGACAAAUACUUACAUACACCAAAUUCGCGGGCAUCUUUGAGCGCGAAUAACCUCAGCGGACAUCAGGCGCAGAAGUUGAAGUCGCCACAAUUUGCCGACCGACCCGUCAACCAGCAAGCAACUGAGCAAAAGGCCAACCGUCAAGACCACUCACCCGCCUCAAAAUCCAGCAGUAUGGCAGAUACUGCCAAUGGCACUCCAUCGUCAGCAGAAGCACUGCAAGAUGCUGGGUCUGGCAAGGUUCGCGGUCCACAUGGCCGCUAUGUGAAUAAGGAGAAUCCUAUACCACCUACGAAGAACAAAUCCAACAUCAAAAACGUCAAGAAGUCAAGGACUAGGGCUACCUUGGAAGGCGAGAGCGACGAAGAAGUCGAAGAACAUAAGAAAUUCUCUCGACUAAGUUCAUCAGAAAAUGAAGAAGGAGCAUCUGAAGACAACAGCGAGCCACCAGUGAGCGCACAGAUCGCUGCUGCUACACCACUGAGCUUCCCUGCAUCAGCCAUUCUUGCCGCCGAGGCAGAUGCUAUACCCUCAAGUCUCGAUCGGAUGCCCCCAGGAGUCAUACAUAAGAAACGAAAAAGCGAGUCAAGCCUCCCACGCGGCGGUCUAAAGCGCGCUCGUGGUUCACGAGGUGGAGUACUCGGCCGGCCUCGCAAGUCUGAAACCCUUGCGGACCGUGCAAAGCUAGAGGUGGAUGAGGCCAAGACUAUGGAAGUACACGACCCAACACCACAGUCAACACCCCAGCCUGACACCCCGGCCAAUAUCACCACCCGCCGAAGCUCUAGAAAGUCUGCUGUGUCAGCUCUGGAGUCAUCUACACCCUGGGAUCCGGCGAACGAUGUGCUUUUCGGUGGUUCUUCACAGAAGCAGACUACUCGUAGCAGCACCAUUGCCCCGGCGAACGGCACCGAUAGAGCUUUCGACCUAGCUAAGGCUGUCACCCCGUCCAGUUCCGAGCAGAAGCCCAAGUCCGCGGCCAAAAAAGUCGUUUUCAGCGCCGCUCCCACUACGCCAGCAAAGUCGUCCACGUUUCAGGCCAUAGCCCAGAACGCAUCCAUAUCCUCUCAGCAAAAGAUGCGAGUCUCUUAUUCCUCCGAGACUCAAGGUCGAUCUAGUAAUGUCGAGUAUUUUGCUCGAAUUACCACCAUGGCUGGUAUUCAAGAGGUGCCCCUUCUCAAGGAGGAUCUGACUCACGGAGUUGAUCUGAUCGAGGCCUACGCUAGGUGGCAGAUGGAAGGCAAUGCGCCUGUUUCUUUCGAGGUCUUCAAGAACAUCGUCCUGUAUACGAGACCAAGCUAGAUUCUUCCAAAAACACCCUCACAAUCUCAGCAGAGCGCAGAGAUUAUGAUGACAUGCUAUGAAGCUACAAACAAGAGUUCAGGGACAACAUUGUCUGCAGAGCUCCUCACCAGACCGACCACCCGUAUGGAAGACACGCUCACGAAGAUGACCUCUAUACCAGAACCGUCAAGGUGGUCACACAAUGGUCGAAUUUUCCCUUGUCGUUGCGUAUGUAAGGCCACAAAAGCUGGAUAAUGGUAGGGUAGAGUCACCAAAUACAACCACUAUC